UCUCUCUCUCUCUCUCUCUCUCUCUCUCUCUCUCUCUCUCUCUAUCUCUCUCGUCUGAGUUUGGAGGAUAAGGAUGGCGCACGGAGGCUACGGCAAUCGCAGGCUCGCAGAACGCAAACCGAUGAGCAGUCGUCGUUCCAAAACCCUCGGCGUCGACAAGAAGCCUAAGCCCAAAGCCAAACCCAAACCCAAUGCCUCUCUCAAAAACCAAAUUCGCUCCGUCGAGCGUAUGCUCCGUAAGGAUAUUCCUCCUGAAGUGAGAGAGGCCCAGCAAAAGAAGUUAGAAGGACUCAAGAGACAGCAAGAGAUCCACAGUCGUUUAGCUGUGGAACGUAAAAUAUUCUUGCGUGACAGAAAGAUUAAAUUUUUUGAGAGAAGAAAGAUUGAACGGAGGAUAAGACGUUUAGAGAAACAACAGCGUGCUUCAUCUAACAGAGCCCAGGAAGGAGAGACUGCCGACCAGCUUUCUAAAUUGAAAGAAGAUCUUGAAUAUGUUAGGUUCUUUCCUAAGACUGAGAAAUAUGUUUCUCUAUUCAUGGGAGGUGAUGAGAGAGACAUUGUUGAUAACAGAAACAGGUUACGCAAGCAGAUUAAGGCCAAUAUAAUUGCUGCUGCAGUUAGUGGGAAGGAUUUGGAAGAGACAGGGAGUGAGGAUGAUGGGCUUUUGGAUUUAAGUGAGGACGAUUUCUUCUUAGGUGGAAGCUCAAGUGAUGAAGCUGAUGCAGAUGAUGAAUGGACAGAUAAAAGCACAAGGGAACAAGCUUCUAGUGCUUCUGGCAAAGCAACUUCUGGCAUGUCCAGUGAUGAAAGGAAUCAGGUUUUUAAUCAGGCUUUGAUAUUUUACUGCUAUAAGAAGAUGUGUUAAGCUAGCAAUAGAUCUGUGUACUCUUCUCCUUGACUGUAUUUAUUUAGAGGCAGAUUUCUGCUCGCGCUCUAAUGCCACCUCCUCGGCCAUCGAACAAUAAGUCUUCAAGUUCAGUUCAUAGUAAAUCAAGAUUUGGAGGCUCGUCGAGUAGGAGCUCGUAUGCACGUGGUGCUGAAAUAUCCACAUCAAGCAACACAUCAAAUAGCAUCAGUGAAUCUUCCUCUAGAAAUAGGGGAUCCUUUGAUUCACACAGAGGCCAUAGCAGUAAUCUAAGUUCCAACUCUGAUGCUCGGAAACCCCGAAGAAAGAGAAGGCCCAAGAAGAAAAAACAACAGGUGUGAUUCUGGAGAACAUUGCUGAACAUCUGUAACCAACUAAAGCAGCUGAGAGGAUGUUUGUGCAAGAUUCUCAUAAGUUGGGUUUGGCCAUAGCUUUCUGUUUCCACCUUUUAAAUUGUAAGCACAGCUGGGAAUCUUUUUUGUGCUUUCUAUGACAAGCAUUUUAACUGCAUACACAGUGAGCCAUGUUUAUUUAUGAUUAAUUUUCUUGGUAAAUAAUCGAAUGAUGUCACCAUAAUUACCAUGAUGGUUUGAACCUGUCACCCUUGCUUCUGGUAACAAAAUCAUUUUGAAAAAUUCUUUUAGGCUGCGGAUGCUAUAU